GGCGCAUGCGCGCGGUCUCCCUGAGGCCUCGGUUCCCACUUGUGGGGCGCAGGGGGCGGCCCUCAGCCCCAAGGCCUCGGGGGCGGCCCCUCCGCGCCUUUCUGCCCUCAGCCACGUUUGGCUUACGAGGCGCCUCCCGGUUCUGAGCGCGAGGUCCUCCCGCCCGAGUAGUCUGCAGGUGACCAGGUGUGACCUGGCCCCGUGGGAGCCCAGCUGGGGCCUCCUGUCGGGGACCUCGCUCACUGCUCCGGGGCUCCGUGUGCGCCGUCCGGCGUGGUGGCAGCAGCCACGCGUGGCACAGCUCUGUGGGAAGGCAGUGGCCCUGCUCUCUGUAAAAAGAUGUCCUAUGGAUCCAUCGCUGGCAGUGGUGGCCUGGGGAGCCACAGCCCUUUCGGGGGACCCUCCAGACAAGGCUAUCAGCCCCUAGAGUGCGCUGAAUGUUGGACCGAGUAUGGAAUACGCCAUUUCCCCUGCCCGUCGCCAGAGAGCAGCCCGCAGGACCCCUGUGUGGGCAAGGACGGGGAAGGUGAUCUGGGGUCGGCGGGCACGCCCAGAGGCCCGAGGGCCAGGAAGCGAGGGCCAGGGGUCGCCCCCGAAGGCAGUGGGACACCAGAGCCCGGCUCACCGCCUGCCGCGAGCCCGAGGAAGGACUCUGCCGGCGGGGCCCACGGCCGGCUGGCGGGGCCCGGCGCCACACGGGCCAAGAAGAGGAAACCCAACUUCUGCCCGCAGGAGACAGAGGUCCUGGUGUCCAAGGUCAGCAAGCACCACCAGCUGCUGUUCGGCACGGGGCUGCUGAAGGCCGAGCCCACCCGCAGGUACCGCGUGUGGAGCCGCAUCCUGCAGGCCGUGAACGCCCUGGGCUACUGCCGCCGGGACGUCGUGGACCUCAAGCACAAGUGGAGGGACCUGCGCGCUGUCGUGCGGCGCAAGCUGGGCGACCUCCGCCACGUGGCCCACGGCCCCGGCCGGCUCCAGGCCUCGGCCCUCACGCCUGUGGAGCAGGUGGUGGCCGAGACCUUCUCCUGCCAGGCCCCCGCCUCGGAGGGCCUCGGCCUGGAGCCGCUCAGAGCCACCCAGGUGGACCCAGGUGACCUCCAGGAGCUGUUCCAGCAGACAUCGGCCAGCGUCUUCCGGAUCAACUCCAACGUGACCUCCUUGGAGCAGAGCCUCCGGUCCCUGGGGACACCGAGUGACACGCAGGAGCUGAGGGAGAGCCUGCACGCGGCGCAGCGGGGGACCAACGAGACCGUUGCGGCCAGCGCCAGCGCCUUGAAGCAGAUGGCGAAGCUCCUGCGGGGCUGCUCCCGGCAGGAGCGUCUCCAGCUGGACCGCCUCAGAACUCAGCUGUCGGAUGCCAUUCAGCGCUACGGCGCGGUGCAGAAGAAAAUUGCAGAAAAGUCCAGAGCCCUGCUUCCCGCCGCACAGAGGGGCGGCACGCAGCAGCAGAGUCCCCGGGCCCCUUUUGCUGAGCUGCCCGACGAUGAAAAGAUCUUUAACGGGGGUGACGGCGUGUGGCAGGGCCAGGAGCAGGCGCUGCUUCCCGAGAUCACCGAGGAGGACGAGGAGGCCAUCCGGCUGCGCGAGGAGGCCAUCCUGCAGAUUGAGAGUGACUUGUUGGAUGUAAAUCAGAUUAUCAAGGACUUGGCCUCCAUGGUUUCAGAGCAAGGAGAUGCCAUUGGGUCCAGCAGCGGCAGGGCCACGUGCCGGCGGAGCUCCAGCCCCGAGCCAGCCGUGGCGCCCCUGCGGCCGGGCCCCCACUCCCGCACCAAGACCCGCAAGCCCAACUUCAGCCCCCAGGAGACGGAGGUGCUGGUGCAGAGGGUGGCCCGCCACUACCCGCUGCUGUUCGGGGCGCUGCGGGGCACGCCCUCCCGGAAGCACCGAGUGUGGAGCAAGAUCCUGCAGGCCGUGAACGCUCUGGGCUACUGCCGGAGGGACCUGGGCGACCUCAAGCACAAGUGGAGGGACCUGCGAGGGGCGGUGCGCAAGAAGCUGGCGGAGAGCCCGCGGGCCCCCGGCCUCGUCCUCACCCCUGUCGAGCACAUGGUGGCCGAGACCUUCUCGGCCCCAGCCCCCCUAGGCGAGGGCCAGGCUGCCGAGCCCCUGCCAACGGACGAGGAAGACGAGGCCCCCAGCUGCCUGUGGCUACCCUUGAGGACCCUGGAUGGGCCAAGCCUGCCCGAACCUGACCCCCUGGACCUACGAGGAACUGUCCCUGCACCUGCUUCCUCACCCUCCCCGCCAGCCUCUCCGGCCUCGGUGCCCCCUGCAGCUGCAUUCCCAGGGGCCCUUGGACCCUCCCCGCCCUCCACUGUGCCACCCCCGCCCCCUGGGAGGCCCGCAGCGGAGGCCUCGGAGUUUGAGCAGCGACUGCUGGACUCCCAUCGGCGACAGGGCGCCCUGCUCUCCCACUGGUCUCAGCAGCAGAGUGCACUGAUGGCCCAGCAGAACCUGCUGCUCCAGAGGCUGGCCGAGCAGACCCAGCGGCUGGCCGACGGCGUCGAGGCCCUCAACCGGACCCUCGAGAAGCUGGUGGAGGCCUGCCCGGCCCGGGGAGCCUCGCCCACAGUCCUGGACGGCACCCCUGCUGGGGGAGUGGCCUCUGGGCCCACCAGAGGCCCCCAGGGCAGCCCCCAGGGCCUGGAGGUCUUCUCAGGGAUGAUCCUGAAGGUGGAAGAGGAGGUCUAGGGUCUGGUCCCUGGAGGGCUGCACGAGGAGCGGGGACCCCAGCCCUUCUGAGAGGCAGGCUGGGGGACAGCAGGGCGGGGUUGGGGCCUCGAUGGAGCCGGCAAGGACACAGGACACACUCGUGCAGGGAAAGGCUCUGGGGCCGGUCGGUGGUCCUGGACAGAAGUCUACUCAGGGACGUUGUGGCUGGAAGACGCAGAGGGGCGCUGGCGGGGCCCGGCCUCCGCUCCCGUCCCGCGCUCUCACCUGCUGUGCCGAGUGCCUUGGAGGGCAGAGCCAGCACCCCCCUGUGGCCACAGGGGCUAUAGAGGGUUCGGUGUCCCCAGACCUGGAGGGGUGGCUCAGCGGGGUGUCAGGAAGGUCCCCAGAGGGUGACCCGGAGGGCCCGCCGGAAGCCUCCUCCUCCUGGACGUGUGGACGCUGCGGGCUGGGCUCCUGCGGUUUUCUUGGUUCUGCACAGGACGCCCCCGUCUUGCAGCCUGCGGUCAUUUCCGCCCGGUGUUAGAUCUGUGUCUGACGGACACACGUGUGCAUAUAUGCCACCUGGUACUGUGUGGGGCGGGAUACCAUUUUGUACCUACUGGUGUUUCUUGCAAAAAGAAUUAUUUUUCCUACAUAAGCAUAAAAUAACAACG